GACCUCUUAUGCUUUAUGUUCUGUUAAUUCCUACCUUAUACUAUAACUUUCAUUAUUCAUCAAUAAUUCUAAUUCCUCCUUCGUCUUUUUAUAUUAUAGUGUUUCAUAUAAAUACUCCCUCUCGCCCUACUCAUCCUUCAUAACAUUCCUCUCUUCUUCAUUUUCAAGUUUCAUUUUCUAAUAACCAGUGAUUGUAAAAAUGGGAGAAGAAGUUAAACCAGAGGCAAAGGAGGCAGUCUCUGCUCCAGAGGCCGUCCCUGAGCCCGCCUCUGCGGAGGAGGAGAAGAAAGAUGUGGCGGAGGAUAAGCAAGGGGCAGGUGAGGAGGAGAAACCAUCGGUGGAGGAGGAGCCGCAGCCGCCACCACCGCCUCCGCCGUUCAUUCUCUACGUCGACUUGCAUUGUGUAGGAUGUGCUAAGAAGAUCCAAAGAUCUAUACUAAAAAUUAGAGGUGUAGAAGAAGUGGUGAUGGACAUGAAUGAGAACCAAGUGACGAUAAAAGGAGUGUUGGAUCCACAAGCAGUGUGCAACAAAAUCAAGAAGAAGACUAAAAGAAUGGCCAAAGUCCUCUCGCCACUUCCGGGUGCCGAGGGAGAACCGCUGCCACCGGUCAUUACCUCUCAAGUCUCCGGCCUCACCACUGUCGAGCUCAACGUCAACAUGCACUGUCAAGCUUGUGCUGACCAGCUAAAGAAAAAGAUUCUCAAAAUGAGAGGGGUCCAAACAACUGAGACGGAGCACACCACCGGAAAAGUAAUAGUGACCGGGACCAUGGAUGAAGAGAAACUUGUGGACUACGUCUACCGUCGGACCAAAAAGCAGGCCCGAAUCGUACCCCAACCCGACCCGGAACCUGAAAAACCUGCCGAAGAGGAAGAAAAGAAGGAGGAGAGCGGUGAAGGCGGUGAGGAACCCUCGGAAACAGGAGGGGAGAAAGAGGAGGGAGAUGAAAAAGAAGAGGACGGUGGCGGAGAAGAGACGGAGGAGAUGGCUGCGGUGGAAGAAGAAGGGAUGAAGAGGAUGAUGUAUUAUUAUCAGCCUUCAUACGUCAUCGAAAGGGUUCCUCCACCGCAGCUUUUCAGCGACGAGAACCCUAACGCUUGUUGCAUUUCUUAAUUCGUUUCGUAUUGUAUACGGAAUAUAUAUAUAAUUAGGUGAACUGAUCACGUAAAAAAAAAAAAAAUAGGUAAGAAAAUGUAAACUAAACUUAUUUGAAAGCCUUUAAGCAAAAUAAAAAGAAAAUGUAAACUAUAUAAAUUUUAUAAAUGGUGGUUGGU